GCCUAACUCACUGAGCCAACCCGUCUAUGGAGAUCGCCUCUGGGCCGCUGCCUCCACCUCCUCUUCCCGUCCGUGGUGACGCCUCUACCUCUACCUCUACCUCCUCUGCCUCAGAUAGCAUCAAUUCCGCGCUGGCAGCGUCAUCUGCGCCCGGGGAGAAGGGAGGAUUUGAGGUGGAGGUCGAGGAGGAGGAGGAAGAGGAUGUGUGCAGGAUCUGUAGGAAUCCGGCAGACGAGGAGAACCCGCUUCGGUAUCCGUGUGCGUGUAGCGGCAGCAUUAAGUUCGUGCACCAAGGUUGCCUUCUCCAAUGGCUCAGUCACAGCAAUGCUCGCCAAUGCGAGGUUUGCAAACUUGCAUUUUCAUUUUCCCCUGUUUAUGCUGAGAAUGCUCCUGCAAGGCUUCCUUUCCAGGAGUUUGUUUAUGGGAUGGCAAUGAAAGCUUGCCAUGUUCUGCAAUUCUUCUUGCGGCUUAGUUUUGUUCUAUGUGUUUGGCUCCUCAUUAUACCCUUCAUUACAUUUUGGAUCUGGAGAUUGGCUUUUGUCAGGAGUUUUGGUGAAGCCCAGAAAUUGUUUCUGAGCCAUAUCUCAACUAUAUAUAUUCUUACCGAUUGCUUGCAUGGGUUUUUACUUUCUGCUAGCAUUGUGUUUAUUUUUCUUGGAGCAACUUCUCUAAGGGAUUGGUUUAGGAACUUGCAAGAGGCUGAUAGAGAGGAUGAAGAUGACAGAAUUGGCGCUCGUCCUGCAAGACACCCUCUUGGACAAGUUAAUAGGAAUAUUCCUGGUGAUGUUAAUGUUGAAGAUGCCAAUGGAGCACAAGGAAUUGGCAGAGCUGGUCAAGUAAUUGGAAGGAAUGCUGGUAAUGUUGCUGCUCGUUUGGAAGUGCAGGCAGCUCGUCUUGAGAAUGUUGAACAGAUGUUUGAAUUGGAAGAUGGUGUUGGUGCAGAGGAUGUACCCUUUGAUGAACUUGUUGGCAUGCAGGGCCCUGUUUUUCAUUUAGUAGAAAAUGCGUUUACUGUUCUUGCAAGCAAUAUGAUAUUCCUUGGUGUUGUCAUAUUUGUACCAUUUUCAUUAGGUCGGAUCCUGCUGUAUUAUGUAUCCUGGCUUUUCUCUUCUGCAAGUGGUUCUGUGCUGUCUGCAGUAACGUCCCUUCCAGAUACUGCCCUUUCAUUAGUGAACAUCACAUUAACUGCAGUUACAAAUUUGACAUCUAAUGACCAAGAAAGCAGUCGUAUUGGCCAGGUUGCAGGAAUGUUGAAAGCAAACUCUUCUGGACCAAUUGAAUUUUCAAACAACACUAGUAUACCUCUGAAUGGAGCAGCAGUUGGGAUGUUGCGACUUUCUGAGUUUACCACUCUUGCUAUUGGAUACAUGGUUCUAUUCUCUCUAAUCAUCUUCUACGUUGGGAUUGUUGCUUUGAUUCGAUACACAAGGGGUGAGUCUUUAAUGGUGGGGAGGUUACAUUGUAUUGUUUCUCUAGUGGAGGGAUUUCCAUCCCUCAUCAAGAAGCUCUUGACAGCAGUGAGGCAUAUGAUGACAAUGGUUAAAGUUGCUUUCCUUCUGGUUAUUGAGCUUGGGGUGUUUCCUUUAAUGUGUGGAUGGUGGCUAGAUGUCUGUACAGUUAAGAUGUUUGGAAAAUCAAUUUCUCAUAGAUACCAGUACUUUUUAGUUUCUCCUUUAGCGAGCUCUUUGGUUCAUUGGGUUGUAGGAAUUGUGUACAUGCUACAAAUAAGCAUCUUUGUCAGCCUUCUUCGAGGGGUGCUGCGCAAUGGAGUUCUUUACUUUCUUCGAGAUCCUGCUGAUCCAAACUACAAUCCUUUUCGUGAUCUAAUUGAUGAUCCUGUUCAUAAGCACGCUCGAAGGGUCCUGUUAUCUGUUGCUGUUUAUGGGAGUUUGAUUGUGAUGCUGGUAUUUCUGCCUGUAAGACUUGCUAUGAGGAUGGCACCUUCGAUUUUUCCACUAGAUAUAUCGGUAUCUGAUCCAUUCACUGAAAUUCCAGCUGACAUGCUUCUAUUUCAAAUAUGCAUCCCAUUUGCCAUAGAGCAUUUUAAAUUGCGGGCAACAAUCAAGUCUCUUCUCCAUUACUGGUUUACUGCAGUUGGCUGGGCACUUGGGUUAACAGAUUUUUUACUGCCCAGACCAGGGGAAAAUGGUGGCCAGGAAAAUGCCAAUGGGGUGCCGGGAAGACAGGAUAGACUGCAGGUGCUGCAAUUGGCUGAACAGGAUCGUGCCUUAGUUGCACUCGCAGCUGCUGAUGAUCCUAGCAGGGGUGUCCUUGUUUCAGAAUCUAACAUUGUGGAGGAGUUUGAUGGUGACGAACAAACUGAUGCUGAGUACAGGUUUGUACUCUGCAUUGUCCUCUUGCUGGUGGUUGCUUGGAUGACUUUACUUGCGUUUAACUCUGCUCUGAUAGUAGUACCAAUUUCCCUUGGGCGGAGCCUUUUCAAUGUGAUUCCUCUUCUCCCAAUUACUCAUGGAAUCAAGUGUAACGAUCUGUAUGCUUUCAUCAUUGGAAGCUAUGUCAUUUGGACACCAAUAGCUGGGGCUAGAUACACUGUUGAGCACAUUAGAACAAAAAGGGCUAGGGUUUUGAUUAGCCAAAUUUGGAAGUGGAGUGGCAUUGUUAUCAAGAGCUGUGUCCUUUUAUCAAUAUGGAUUUUUGUAAUACCAGUUUUGAUUGGACUGCUAUUUGAGCUCCUAGUGAUUGUUCCAAUGCGGGUACCUGUGGAUGAAAGCCCAGUUUUCCUAUUGUAUCAGGAUUGGGCUUUGGGUCUCGUUUUUCUCAAGAUCUGGACUAGAUUGGUUAUGCUGGAUCAUAUGGUGCCACUGGUGGAUGAAAGCUGGCGCAUAAAGUUUGAAAGAGUGAGAGAGGGUGGUUUCUCUAGGCUUCAGGGGCUUUGGGUGCUGCGGGAGAUUGUGUUCCCGAUCAUAAUGAAGCUGCUGACAGCCCUAUGUGUUCCUUAUGUCUUAGCCAGAGGGUUAUUUCCUGUGUUUGGUUACCCCUUAGUGGUGAACUCUGCAGUCUACCGAUUUGCAUGGCUGGGAUGCCUAUGCCUCAGUCUGUUGUGUUUUUGUGCAAAGAGAUUCCAUAUCUGGUUCACAAACCUCCACAAUUCCAUUCGAGAUGACCGCUACCUUAUCGGCCGCAGGCUUCAUGACUAUCGGGCAGACGCAGAAGAGAAGCCAAAUGAUGUAGGGACUUCCUCCGAAAUGCAAAUCUCUAAUUCACGGGAUGCUAGUAUAACCUGGCGUGACCGAGAAGCUGAUGUUGGCUUGAGAUUGCGGCGUGCUAACUGAACUGAUUGUAGAGAAAUAUCUGUAGGGAAGGUUCUGAAGCUUGCAUGUAGUAUUGGAUGCAUGCAUAUGCUUAUAUGCCUAGAGGUUGCAUCCAGUUUGCCAAUUACGCAUCACCAGUUUUGUGCAUAUUGUACAUGUUAAUUCAAGAUUAGAAAUGUUAAUAUAUAGUUUUAGGGCAA